AUGGCCGUCAUCGCCACCAAAUCCAGCCUGGACAAGGCCUUCAACGUGAGCGCCAUCCAGACCCGCGACUUCCUCCUCAAGCUCAGUGAGUCGCUUGGCAAGACGUUGGCUGAGGAUGAUGCCAUCUCCCUGAUGACUGGCGGCGUGGAUUUUGCUGUGACCCAGGUCGUCGAUCAGAACUGGGGCGUGCACGGCAAGACUGAUGGCAGCGUGUACGAGGAGUAUUCACCCGUCAGCUUCCCUGGCACUUCUCUCAACGGCACCUGCAAGUACAGCCAGAAGUACGCUUACAAGAGGGCCUGA